UCCAAGAUGGCUCCGGCUGGCCAUGGCAAAACUGUCUGUUCCAACCGCCGCCCCGUCGGCGGGUGAUUCAGUUUCAGCGUCAACGCCCGCGAGCAUGUCCGCAACUAUGACCCUACCCCGGCACCGUCCAUGGACCCCCACCCCAAGGCCCAGCCAUUGCCCGAAGGAGAGGCCGGAUCCCCUGAGCCUGAACCCUGAGGUACAAUACGGAGUAUUACAUGCCGUCAUACUGCUUGCAUAUCUUGCGCAUGGUGCUCUACGCCCGUAGCUGUCGCUUAUACGCGCCCUUGACGGAUUUGGGAGGGGAGCAUGCAAGGGGAGUCAUUCGAGCAACUGACCGACUCUUCUGCGCGGCAGGGCUCACCGCCGCUCGCCUUAGAGACUCUCAAACCAUUCAACUAUCCCCGGCUAAUGAGAGUUGAGAACCUUCUCUCGAGGUUCGCGCGCGAGAUAUUCCCUGCCAUUAGUUUUGACAGGCAUCAAGCAUUCCUCCAGGGUCCGUCAGUGGC